AGGUUGAACCAGCUUCGUAGUACAGGCCUCUGGUGUCAGUGUCACUAGAUUCAAUGAGACCUGAGACAGCAGGGAAGUUGAGGGGGAUGCAGCUGCGCUUCAGUGGUGCGCACUGGGACUGAGGAGGAGGCGGUCACUGAAUGAUGUGCUCCCUGGUCGACGAUAUUCCUGUCAGAUGGAUGUUGAAAACAACAGGUGCAGCGGUUAACACAGACUGACGUCAUGAAUAAGAUGAACCGGCCACUUUCACUUGAUGUCAUCCAGUUUCAAUCACGACAAACACACAUACGCGUUGUCUUGACUAAACUGCAACGUUUAUAUUCCGUGUAGUUGAAACAACUGGCAGCACGCGUUUCCGCUGGUGAGGGCUAGUUUACGAGGAGCACGUGAAGGCAGCACCCAGUCGGGUGUCAAGGAGAGUGGGCGGUCCUUCACCGCAUGACCCACGCGCACAUCCCAUCGAGUAUCCCAGUGAUGUGCUGUCUCGAUGCAGAGGGUCCUUUCAGCGCAGAGGACAAUCCGAGCUCAGGCCGUCAGACCGCUGAACCCACGCGGUGUUCAUAUGAAGACGGUUACAACACUUCUGAAGCCUGACGUCACUGGAGGCUCGAGUUUACCGGUGAUUGGAAGUGGGAACAGAGAACUUCGGGGUGUCAGCUAGCAGCAACAGCUUCAACUCAGGGGACGCUCUCGCUGAGUCUUCCUAUUGGUGAAGUACUCUCUGUGUUGUCGUGAUCACUCCCCUGGCCCCCCGCAUCCACUGUCAUCAUGGGAGGGGUAGUCCAAAUGCACUUCACCACAGUGGACUACGUCAUCUUUGCCCUACUUUUAGUAGCCUCAACUGGCAUCGGACUCUUCCAUGCCUUCUCCGGUGGACGCCAACGCACAACACAGGAGUUCCUGAUGGCUGAUCGCUCCAUGAGCUGCCUGCCUGUGUCUUUGUCCCUGCUGGCCACUUUCCAGUCGGCUGUGGCAAUCCUUGGUGCUCCAUCUGAGGUGUACACCUUUGGGACUCAGUACUGGUUCCUGGGCUGCUCCUACUUCUUAGGCCUGCUCAUCCCGGCUCAUGUUUUCAUACCAGUUUUCUAUAGACUUCGUCUGUCCAGCGCUUAUGAGUAUCUGGAGCUGCGCUUUAACAAGACGGUUCGCAUAUGUGGGACUGUGACCUUCAUCUUUCAGAUGGUCAUUUAUAUGGGGGUUGUGCUGUAUGCCCCGGCAUUGGCACUCAAUGCAGUGACAGGCAUUGACCUAUGGGGGGCAGUGCUGGCCAUGGGCUUGGUGUGCACUCUUUAUACUGCUCUGGGCGGUCUGAAGGCAGUAAUCUGGACCGAUGUGUUCCAGACAGUGGUCAUGUUUGCAGGCCAGCUGGCGGUCAUCGUUGUGGGGGCCAAUCAGGCGGGGGGCAUAGCAGAGGUGUGGAGGAAAGCGACCAAUGGCAGUCGCAUUGCUGGACUGGACCUGAACCCCGACCCUUUGGAGCGCCAUACCUUCUGGACACUAGGUGUGGGAGGAGUCUUCCUGAUGUUGGCUCUAUACGGGGUCAACCAGGCCCAGGUCCAGAGGUACCUCAGUUCUCGUACAGAAAAAGAGGCCAUUAUGUCCUGCUACAUAGUUUUCCCAUGCCAGCAGAUUGUCUUAUGUUUAGGUUGUAUGAUGGGCCUGGUCAUGUUUGCUCGGUAUGGAGAGGACAGCCCCCUGGACAAGGGCUUUGUCAAAUCUAAUGACCAGAUGGUCCUGUACUUUGUGAUGGACGUGUUCAAGGAUCUGCCCGGGCUUGCAGGACUGUUUGUAGCCUGUCUCUUCAGUGGAGCUCUCAGUACUAUAUCAUCAGCCUUUAACUCCCUAGCGACAGUAACCAUGGAGGACCUGAUUAAACCUCAUUUUCCAAACAUGACUGAAGCCAAAGCUACGCUGCUGUCCAAGGGACUCGCUUUGGUAUAUGGCCUGGUGUGUCUGGCCAUGGCCUACGUCGCCUCUAUUAUGGGAUCUGUUCUGCAGGCAGCCUUCAGCAUCUUUGGGAUGAUUGGUGGUCCUCUGCUUGGCGUCUUCUGCCUUGGAUUGUUUUUUCCGUGGGCAAACUCUACUGGUGCACUGGUCGGGUUGGUAGCAGGCCUUGCCAUGGCCUUCUGGAUCGGCAUUGGCAGCUUUUUGCUGCGCAUGUCUGAGGCCAACGCAAUGGGAGCCCUCAACACCACAAAUCUGCCCCUGUUUGACAACAUGACCACCGCUGUCAUGACCACACUGGUCAGCGCCACCACAGCCAAGCUGAGGCCGACAGGUGUGGAGGCACUCUACUCGCUAUCCUACAUGUGGUAUAGUGCCCACAACUCCACCGUGGUGGUGGUAGUGGGACUUUUGGUCAGCUUGCUAACAGGCCCUAUGAAGGAGAAGGAUCUGAUGCCUGGCACAGUGUUUCCAGUGAUGGGCACACUGCUCUUCUUCCUGCCUGAACGCUACAGAGAAAAGCUUUGCUGUGUAACUCCUCUGCCCAAUCCACAUAAGGCCAAAGAAACAAAGACCUUGCCUUAUCAGAGGGCCAAGAAAGAUGGCAACAAAGCAGCUCAAUGCAAAGAGGAUACAGUGACAGAGGACAAAGAGACGGAGAGUGACAGAGCACAAACAGAGCAGGAAGACUUGGAAAUAAGGAUGGCUCUGCCCUCAUGUCAGCUGACCACUCAUAUGGUUCAGGAGACGGCCUUAUGAUCCUUUCUUCUUAUGACAGGUGUACACUUUCAGAUAUGUGUUUGUGAGAAAAAAGUUAUAUGUGUGCAGUUUGAAGAUAAGAGUGCUUCACUCUCUUGCACAAUGAGCUGUUCCAAAGUGAUUCUGUUUGACAAAAAAUCAGGUAGUUAAAGGUGGGGUAGGUAAGUUUGAGAAACCGGCUCGAGAUACACUUUUUGUUAUAUUCCAUGGAAUGCUCUUAACAUCCCGAUAGCAAUGAAUAUCUUAAGUGCUUUGACAACAAAUCCAUAAAAAAAUAUCAUCUGUGGAAGCCGUAGUACUGUAAAAAGUACGACCAAUCAUUUUAGCCGGCCCGGCUAAAAUAACUGGAUGGCCUACCUGCCUGUCAGCCUUCCAUCUGUGCACAAACUUAUCUCGUGCCCUCAUUGGUCAUGUGCGCGUUCGUGUGUGUUGGAGGAGGGGCUCUGUAAGGAAGUGGCAGAUUUUCUCCGGUUGUGUAUUUUCAAAUUCUAGCGAUCUCGAGCCGGUUUCUCAAACUUACCUACCCCACCUUUAAUAGAUAAUUAUGUAAAUUAUGUUAACAAGUUGUGUUAUUUUCAUAGUGAAAAUGGAGCCUUAAAAUCUCAAUAAGUUUAGGAGCAAAAUGUAAAAAGACUGAAAGGCACAACAGUAGUGUGGUAUUGUGUCUUUACAUGCAUUGGUUCAAUGCAAUAAGUUUCCUUCUAGCUGCUUUAGAGUGGACAAAAGCAAAGGUAUGUAUGAAUGUGAAUAUGUAUAAUUGUGUGUGUGUAUAAAUAUAUAUAUACACACAUAUAUAUAUAUAUAUAUAUAUAUAUAUAUAUAUAUAUAUAUAUAUAUAUAUAUAUAUAUAGCACUCUGGCACCAUGACACACCAUCUUUGCUCGGAUCUUAACACACAGCUUUGGGAGGUUGAGAUGAUCUUGUUGAGAAUAAGAUAUAAAAAAUAUUUUAGAUUGGUUCCUAGUUGCUCUUAAUACAUUACUUGCCAUAAUGUUAUUGGUAAAUCCUUGGCAUAAUGCUUGGCCAGUACAAAUAAUUCACAUUCAUUGACAUAACCAAGACCAAUAUGCUGCCCAUUAAAUGAAUUAGGAAAGCCAUGCCAUCUAUGAGAAAGAAGCAGUAUGUUUUACAUAACAAUGUAAAGCAUCAAAACUCAAGUUUAAUUUUUAAAAUACAGUACACAGUUUGUGUUCACAGUCACAGUAAUCAUGUCUCCAGCAGUCAUGACUGUCAGGAUAGGUUGACUCCAUGUUCUCUGAUGAGCUGGUAUUUACCCUGUAAGGUGUCUGCUUAGUAUUAUCUCAAUAAGUUCUACUGUAGGAUGACUAUCAACACGGAACCACAUGUGUUUAAACAUUUUUGUUGGUGCCUUUCUGUUCAUACUUCAGGUUGUUGUCUGUGCCAGUAUGCGAUUCAUUUGCUUAAUUGUUUCACUGUUAUCAUGUUUUUUGGAAUCACAGAAUUCUUGACCGACCCCAUUUUAGCAUUUGAGUUAUCCAUUUUUAUUGUAUUAGAAGAUAGGUGAUGUUUUGAGUCAGCCAUGUGGCUUACUAUGUUCAGUGCCAAACCAUUGUCACAUGUUUCCAAAGAACAUGUUUUUCAGUUCAUGGAAAGUCCAUAUGAAAUGCAAUAAUACAAAUGUUCUCCUACAUUUAGACAGUUGCGUUGGUCUACAUAUACACAUUGCUGGAGUUGCAAUUGUAUGUGAAGUAAAUGGCAGACCCAGUGUAGCAGUUUAAACAUGCCUGUACAAUCAUACUCGGAAAUACCUCAAUUAUUUAAAGCAUAUAGAAGAUGGAUUACUUUAAACUAUUGUUUUAACAACACAAAAUAUAUUUCAGAUCUUUUGUAAAUUUGUAUAAAUCAGAAUCAUAAUACAAUAUAAUAUAAAGCAACAUUUCAGAAGUUAAAAUAUGGAAUUCUAUAUGCAAGAACCAUGACAUUUUCCUUUUUUUUAAUGUCAAAACAGCAUCCCCUGCUACAUUAUUUGACACAGGGGGAAUGUUUUUCAGUGCUACAUCCCAUAUGCUGACUUUCACAAUCACGUUUCAAGACAUUUUAUUGGUUCUCAGUUUUUAUUAACAUGUUUUAAAGGACAUGCAAAUGUGUAAUGUAUUCAUAAUGCAUAGAGUUGUGAUAUACCUGAAAUUACUUGAAGUGUGUGCCUGUAAUGUUACCUUUAAUUAUGCCCAGAUAAAACCGCUUUAUAAUGUAGGGUAACAUCAUUUAAGUGCAGACAUUAGUAUUGAUAUUAUUGCUGAAGAUGAAGAUGUAUUUUCUAAACCUAGAAUGGGUGGAACACUGUGAUACUAAUUUACACCAACACACCCAAUAAAGCACAAUUAACACAGUCUUGAUAUUCCAACCGAAGCCAGCAGUUUUUGUUAAUUAACAGUAUUAUUCUGAUUUUAAUUUCACCAUUAUUACGUUUUCAUUCUCUAACAAUGAAUUAGUUUGGACUGCAAAAUUAAAUGAUUUUGUAUACAAUUUAUAAAAGAAAGAAAUCACACUUUGUAAGUUUUAUAAUUUGCAACAAUAAAUAUUGUUUUUAACAAUAUUUAUUAUGUUUGUUCUCCCAACCACAAGAAUUCUCUCUAUUAUGCAUUCCAAAAAAAGAAAAGAAAAACCCAAAGCAUUGACGUCAAGAUGACUCCACUGCUUUGGCUGUGCCUUCAUUUUUUAAAUGUUAUUUCUUGUGUCCUGAUUUAGUUUCCAUAAAUUAACAUGAUAUUGGCAUGAAUAUCAGCUCACUUCCAAACGUCUGUGGAGGAGUGGACCAAGUCCAGACAAAUAAGUGAAUGGUAAUGAUGUAUUCGCCCUUUGUCAUGAGACAAAAAAGAUGUACAAUUUAAUCUGCUGACAUGUUUCAUAGUUGUUUGGAUGUAUGACUAAUAGAUGUAUAAGUUUGAUGUACUUGAGUUGGGAUGAUAUUAAAAAAAUGACAAAUUCA